AUGAUCCAUGCAAAGGACCUGGAUAUCUACGCCAAGGACAAGGGCAUCCUCGAUCAGGGCCACAAUCCUGUGAGAUCUUACAAAAGAUCUUCCACACCUACCCCCAUUGACCACCUGCGCUUCCAAGGUCACCUCCAGAACAUCUCCAAGGCCAUGGGCCAUGUCACCCAGAGGCACAGUGCUGUCUACGAGCUCCUCAAAAAGGCUCAGGUCAAUGCCAUGAUCUCUGCGCUCUGCGCUGUUGCUGAGACUUGCAAUGUUGGCUUGCCUCUGCAUGACACCUUCAAUGGCAACAAUGUCCUCUAUAGCAAGAGCUCUCCAUCAGUUGUCUGCAGCGUAGUUCCUUUGAGAUGCAUGAAGCCGUAUCCAGUGACCCCCAGCAGAGCAUUCCACCUAGACCUCUUGGUCAAAGGCCAGUUGCAGCCCCUUUAA